UGCAGAUUAUUAUAAUUGAGAAAUUAGAUUUUUGUUGGUCUAGGAGAAAAUAAAAGACAUCGUAUGUGAUUACACAAUGGAGAUGCUUGGGUCAACUCUCACUGCCACUUACACCCGGCCGAAGUCGGUCGGAAACCACUUUCUUCCGUCUAUAAGCACAAUGACGGCAAGUUACAAGAGCCAUGCCCCACCCCAUGUGCUCAGUCAUUCUUUAAGCUUGCCUUGGAGACCAAGUACAUACUAUAAGGUCGCCCAAGUCAACCCCACCCUCAAUCCAAUGAAUCGUACAUUCCCGUCCACGCUUGAUAAAAUUCCACCGCUGUCAGCCAGUAAUCGCACAGCCCUUUUCACUCGUUACACACCUGAUGACUGGUUCAAGUCCAAUAUCACCAACUACAAAACAUCAGAAUCAUGGCGAAACAGCGCUGAGCGAUUGAGAGCAGACACAGCACGAAUGGUUCAAGAUAAAGAACAGCUGACCUUUCGCACUCAACAAGAAAGCAGCAAAAACUUGGGAGAACGAGUAAGCGACAUAACUUUCUGGAAAUCGGAGCUGCAACACGAAAUAGAAAAUCAAAUUGCGGAAACAAAUGCCUUGACAGAGGUGAAAAAGCGUCUUGAACGGGGCCUUGCUGAAACUGAAGGUCCACUUCAAGUUGCUCAGGAAUGCCUCUACCACCGUGAACGCCGACAGGGUAUCGACUUGGUGCACGAUGACGUCGAAAGAAAUCUGCUUCGGGAAGUUGACGUUAUCAAAUCAUGCCAAGAACGCAUGCGCAGACACAUCGAUAGAGCAAUCGUCCAGUUAUCGAACAAUCGUGCUGCACAACAUGAACUAGAGAGAGACCACAGCGAUAAAUUCUCUGCACUUCGUAUUGAUGGCAGAUGCCAUUAUUACAGAAAUACAUCGGAUGGAAUCGCAUUCCAUCGAGGAGUGGAAAAAGUUGAUGCAACAGUAUCAGUCCCAGAAACCUGGGCCAAAUUUAGCGACGACAACGUUCUGAGAUCGCAAAGUGAAAGAGCUGCUUCUGCUAAAUUACGUGAUGAUAUUGAAAAUCUGCUAAAUGCUACAAGUAACGAAAUGUGGACGCAAUUCAACAACGUUAAUGUUUCGUUCACUAACCGUGUAGCUGAAACCGCAGACGCGAAGAACAAAUUGCAGAUGCAUCUUGCAAAGACUCUCCAAGAAAUGUUCUCUACUGAACAAACUAUCGCACAUUUGAGGAGAGCGAUACAAGAAAAAGAUUCUCCAAUGCGUGUUGCACAAACAAGACUCGAUGAAAGAACAAGACGACCAAAUGUAGAACUUUGUCGCGAUCCGUCUCAAAUGAGACUCGUUUCUGAAGUACACACCAUCGAUGAAACAAUUAAUACCUUGAAAAUCCGUCUGAGGGAAGCGGAAGAUACAUUACAAGGAUUGGUCCACACUAAAGCAUCACUAGAGCACGAUCUUGCAGUGAAAGCCAACAGUUUGUUCAUUGAUCAAGAAAAAUGCAUGGGAAUGAGGAAAACCUUUCCAAGUACUCCGCGUUUAGUUGGAUAUUCUUAAAAAUAUCCACUCAGACGCGGAAUUUACUUGCCUUACGACAUGUCGACUGCAAAUGAUUUUUUUGUUACGAUAAGACUUUGCUUCUUUCAUAUAUUUGCUAUGAUGUCUUCACAUUUGUUACAAUUUCUGAAUAAAACGAUUGCUUUAGUUUUCUAAAUCAAACGCUUCUAUUAAAUACGGUUUUUGAUUUUAAGGUUCUAAACAAAAACAAUGCAUUUUAAGUUUAUUUUUCUGAUGGCAAAACGGUGAUAAUUGAAAAUUAUUGGAUAGAUUAAUUGUUUCUGUGUUAUGUAAUAUUAUUGUAUUCAUCCGUCCUGACGUGUGGCUUUGUAGUGUAGACUGUGUUAUUAGAUGGUAUUGUAAUUUCAUCCUAUAAUUCAAAAGUCAAUUCAAUGUCCGAGAAUUAAUAUUAUACGACGUCUUUAUAUCUACAAUAAUAUUUGGUGCAUAAUUUCCUGUUAUGUUAUAAGUGAUAAUAAACGGAAUCAACAACUAAACAAAGUUUUACUACGUCACUAUAAAUAUGACAUCAUCACGAGUUUAGAUUAUCUUCAACAAUUGCACAAUUAUUCAAUUAAAAUAAUGAAAAGUAAUGUAUAUUGGGUUUUCACUGCCCCAGAAAACGAAAUUUAAAUUUUUAUAAUAAAAGCCAUAUAUUGUAAUUAUUUAACUAUAUAAUGAAACAUGUUAUUUCAUUUAAUAAUAUUUAUAAUGAGCCAUAUAAGACAGUAUUAUUUAUGGUAAAAUGCUUUGGGCUAAUUAAAGCACUCGCAAAUUAUCUAGACUUUACUUUCUAGGUUAAGACACUCACGGAUUCCAUUUUUAAAAUAAUUGAUUACUGAUUUUCUUUUGCUUCUUGUUGUAUAAAACAAUAUUAUUUUACCCUCACAUUCAUUGGUCUCGCUUCACUCAAAUUCUCUAGAUUUACAGAUUCUUGUCGCUGGUAGUUAACUCGACAAUUAGUGUUUUUGUGUAUAUUUUUCUAUUAAUUACUUUUUUUGCAUCUGAAUAAGUCAUUUAUUCACUGACAUUACUUAGACAAAACUUUAUUUUUCGGAAAAGAUAUGAUGUUCUAUAAAUGGUUUAUUUUGUUUCAUUUUUGUGUGAUGUAGCAUCUGAAAUUGUUUGAUUUAAAGUUUGUUUUUUUGGUUGCAUUAGUUUUAUUAUCAGUCAAAAAUUCUGUCAAGUGAGGACCACGAUAUAAGCAUUUCUAUUUGAUCUAUCUAUAUAUGGUCCAUCCUUGAAGAAGAAUGAACGUUGACUGGUUACUUUAUUUUAGUCACAGAUGACGCCGUAAGAGAUUAUAUUAGUAGUUCGCUGUGUGCCAUAUCCCUGGAAUAAUAACUAUUAUGCCCCCGCCAUACAUAAAUCAAUCAAUUUGUGUUGUUUAUAAUCACACAACCUAUUCGGUCAGAUGCGCCCCGUAUUUUUUCAUUUACUAAUUUCGCUCAAUUACCUCAAAAUUGAGGUUGAAAAAACAAAUUAUUCAACACUAAUUCGAAAAACCCUGAAUAUCUACGAAGAUUUUCCCCAAAUUUAAGUUUUGUUCACAUAGGCCAACUCCUAUGUUGCAUUUAAGUUGUUAUUUACUGAACGUUCUUGCUUCUUAUUUUUUUGUAGAUGUGCUCAAUGUAAAUAUUGCUUUAUUAACCCAUGCAUAGAAAUUCAAUAAUCGAUCAAGGAUGGCCAAGCACAAUUGUACAAAUCUCACAAAAUUGAAAUGAAUUUAGACAAUUAUAUCAAAUUGAAGCUUGGCCGUAUUUGAUUUGUCAUGGAAUUUUUAGGAAAUUUUUUGAAUAUAUUUUUCUUGUUUCUUUAGAAACUACAUACGCAUCACAUUGCACUUAUUUUUGUAGUUUCGGUCAAAAAUUGAACAUUGUUGACACAGUAACGGCGUUUCCAGUCAAUACUUGUCCCAAUUGAUCAAAUUAUGAUCGUUUUGUUUUAUUUCCAGUGUUAAAUUUAUCUCGUUUUGCGAGAAACUUGCCAUGGUAACAAUGUGUGAAACAAAUGCAAGUACACCAAGUAAUACGUGUUUCAAGUUUAAUUAAAGAUAAAUUUUCUGCUGUGUUGUUUUUAUUGUUUAUUGUGAAUAUUAGUAUGCCAUAUUUAGAAAAUAAUAUUUCUGGGAUAAGAAAUCCCAUAUGGUAUAUCCUCAGUCCAUUGCACGAUGUAGAACUGCCCGAAGUUUGACAAAAUGAAACAUUUUGUCUGCAUUUUUCUGAUUGUGUUAUUUUAGGAAAAACCCCACAUAUUUGCUUGCUCAUGAAGCACGUCCAGUAAUG